AGACUGACGUGGAUCUGUUGUGAUGAAUCCGUGUGAUUCAUUCAGAAUCGACAAAAAUGUGGCCUAUUUUCAACCGACGCAGGCAGGGUCUUUGCCCGGCUGGUCCUUCUCUCCAGCACCCGACUGUCACGCCUCCACUCCGGCUCCGUCCUCCGCUGUGCUCCGCCCUCCCUAAGGAGAAUCUCCUCCUCCUCCUCUUCUCCUCUUCUCCAAGCCAUCGACGAAACUUCAAAGCCGACUUCACAGUUAAUAACCGUCGGAUUUAUGUUUUCAUACCGAGUGAUGCUGUGAGGGAAAGCAGCAGAAGUUGGCAUGUGAAAGUUUCUGCGGCUGAAACUCGAGACGUUAGCGGGAAGAUGAGCUCCAGUUCUUAGCCAACGGUACACCUCUAGAGCUUCUGCGUUCUCCUGCUAGUUGAAGUGUGCCUGUCGAUUCAGUCAUGGCUCGUGGUUGCAUCUGCUGCGUUAAAUACAUGCUCUUCCUCUUCAACCUGCUCUUCUGGCUGGGCGGGUGUGGAUUGUUGGGUGUUGGCGUGUGGCUGUCAGUGUCUCAGGGCAGCUUCGCCACCCUGUCGCCCUCCUUCCCGUCGCUCUCCGCCGCCAACCUCAUCAUCACCCUCGGCACUGUCGUCAUGGUGACGGGUUUCCUGGGUUGCCUGGGUGCCAUCAAGGAGAACAAGUGCCUGCUACUGAGUUUUUUCAUCGUUCUGUUGAUCAUCCUCUUGGUCGAACUUAUCCUCCUCAUCCUCUUCUUUGUCUACACCGACAAGGUGAGCGAAAAUGCCAGACAGGACCUGAAAGAAGGGCUGGUGCUGUACAACACAGAUAACAACGCCGGCCUGAGGGAUGCAUGGAAUACCAUACAGGGAGAGUGGCGAUGUUGUGGAGUCAUCAACCACAAUGACUGGUACACUGCCCUGCAUGACAACAUGGUUCCUGACCACUGCUGCCAGCAGUUUUACCAGGGCUGUGGACGCAACGCUUCCAAUACCUUCUGGACACGGGGUUGCUAUGAGAAGGUAGAGGAGUGGCUGGAUGACAACAAACACCUACUGGGAACCAUCGCCAUGUGUGUGUUGGUCAUACAGCUCCUUGGUAUGGCUUUCUCUAUGACGCUUUACCAACAGAUCCACCGAGCAGGGAAGAAGUAUGAAGCCUGAGGGGAUUAACAUGGUCAUACUGUUAAUAUCGGUUACAUACAAUCCCACAGUCAGUCAUAUGUUACCCUCACCUUUUGUUUAUAGUACAAAUAAGCCAGUUAUUGUGUUCCACUACAGCCUUUUAUCUCACAUUUUUUCAUCUAUCCACCCAAUUAUUGUUGUGAAUAGCAUUUGAACUAGUUUUUCUUAUGGUUUGCUUUUUGAAAUCACACUAUAAUUUGUGAUGAAGAUUGGUCUCUGGCAAUCAGAACCGAGAGAAAAGAGUGAGGAGGAGGAGAAGAGUGAGGAGAAGAGAGUUUUUUUUGGUUGUUGGAAGUCAUGCCUGUGGAAAAAUAUAAUGUAUAGAUCCAUUUAGAUAAAACCAGCAUUGUGUACUAACAUGCUCAAUAAAAGCACUCUUCACAAAUGUGA